UAUCUUUUGGAAAGUAGUGAAUCUUCUUGGGCCUGGGCCUCAAAGUUGAUGGCCACGGCCCAUCUUCUUCAAACGCCGAUUCGAUCCGACUGUUUGAUAUGUUCAUCAGCCCUUUUCUCCGAGGGAAGGGAGGUCGAAACCAUGUCGACUUGCAGGUUUCUGCUCAGCAAUGGCGUCAUUUCUCAGGCCUCCGAUGCUCCCACCGUCACUUCCUUUCUCGAAACCCAUCCAGGGGCGUACACAACCACUCGGACUCACAACGAUGGUUCUUGCAUCUUGUUCUGGGGAAGGCAUCUGAACAGACUGAUCAGCUCUGCAAAGAUCCUGUUAAAUUCGGAUCCUCGGCUUCUGUUCGGAUCGAGCUGGCCCGCAGAUGCAUGGUCAGCGUCAUCGAUGGCCCUGUCAGUGUGGGAACUGGGCAUUCCGGAUUUGGUCAAUGACUCGACAAGGAAGGUGUUGCCUUGCGCGAUGAGAAAUAGAGAAAUGGGACAGGAGCUGGCCAUCACGGUUUUACUUGGUGGGAAUUUGGAGAGUUCGAGGAAAUCUGUGCAUGUUGAUCGAAAGAGGGUCGAUGGUGUUCUCGAUGUUCAUGUUCAUGUUAGUGCUUAUGUUCCUCCUGUGUUUGGUGCCCGGCAAAGCGGUGCACGGCUGGCUUUGGUGGGAAGAGGGAGGAGUGUCGCUGCCGCCAAGUAUUCGGAUUGGGUAAGGCUCAGGAAGCCUUUGGAGCGGUUGAGGCCUCCUUCUGUGACUGAGUUAUUGCUGUCAGAUGAUGGUGAUCAUAUCCUUGAAGGAACUAUAACAAACUUUUUCGUCGUCUGCUGCAAGGACAAUGGUGAAGACAACAGGAAAGGCAUGCAUCCAGGGACGAAUGUUUAUUCCUCUUUCGAAGUGCAGACAGCUCCUGUAACGGAUGGCGUCCUUCCUGGUGUUCUACGGCAAUUGGUGAUCGAAGUAUGCUUGUGGAAGGGAAUUCCAUUUCGAGAAGUGGCACCUUCGUGGUCAAUGCAUGAGCUUUGGGAAGAGGCCUUUAUCACAAAUGGUUUGAGGCUUCUGCAGCAUGUGGACGCAAUUCUAGUUCCAAGCGAACAUGCGUCACUAGAAUCAAGGACCUACAAAGAGGUGUCCUGGAAAGAGAAGCAGUUUCAGGAUGGUCCAGGGAUGGUCACAAGAAUGAUCCAGAAGGAGAUCAUGGAGAAAGCAAUGUUGGAAGGCACUUAUUGGAUUCAUCAUGACCGUUCCUAAGCCAAAAGAAUGCCUCCCAAUGUCCCGCAUCUGUGAACUCGAGAAAGUUUCCAUUUUUCCAGAUGAUCGGAGGAAUAGCAUGACAUCUUAGCAGAAAUUGGAGGAUUGAAGCAACAACUUGAAGUCAAUGAUUGAGAUUUGAGAUACUCGACAAUCAUCAACGAAUGUCAUCUCCUGGGAACUCUCUUCAUCUUUUGGAUGGAUGCUGAGAACUAGAGCCAUUCUCGGGAGCCAAGCAAUCAUCCGAGGAUGUCCCUUGCCAGGGUCGUUGGACACGCGCUGCGGCCCAUCGCGAUGAGAGGAAGAAACGAACUAAUGUGGCCUCGCUUCUUCUUUGUGUGCUUUACUAAAAUUAGUGUAAGAAGAACCUAUCUUACAAAUUGAAGAUUGUAUAGAUUUGUAGCUAACCUUCCUUUUUUUCUCUC